AUGUCUGCCCCCAAGGUCUCCACCAACGACUGGCUCGCCGCCGCCAAGUAUCGCCGCUCUGUUUACGGCCUCAAGAACACUUCCAAGGUCCCUGAUAGCCGUGUCAAGGAGAUUGUCCAAGAGGUUCUCGCUUUUGCGCCCUCUUCCUACAACACCCAGCCCGUCCGCGUCACCCUCGUCACUGGCGAGAAGCACACCCAAUUCUGGGACAUUGUCAUCAACAUUGCGGAGCCCAUCCUCAAGGCUGCCGGUGCCGAGGUCUGGGAAAAGAUGAGCGGCAUUCUGCAGUCGCACAAGGCUUCUUACGGCUCGGUUGUUUUCUGGGAGGACACCAACAUCACCGAGGAGGCCAAGAAGGCUCACGCCUCGUACGCCCACCUGUUUGACUCCUUUGGCGAGCAUGCUUCUGGCAUGAACCAGAUCCUGGUCUGGACUGCCCUCGAGCUCGAGGGUGUCGGCGCCAACCUGCAGCACUUGAACGGCAUCCCCCCCGUCGAGGAGGCUCUCAAGAAGUUCCUCGACGUCCCUGCCAGCUACAAGCUCCGUGCUCACCUCAACUACGGCGACGAGCCUGCCGCCCACAGUGCCACUGUACCUCCCAAGCUGCCUGCCAGUGAGACGUUCAAGUACGUCAACUAA